AUGUCUGCCAUGAACUCUAGUGUCUUGGCCUGUAACUAUGCCAGAUCAGGAUGCUCCGACCUUAAUGCCAAGCUUUCUUCCAUGCCUUCGGUUGCAUCUCCACCAGUGUCUGGUCUCAAGUUGCCCAUCAUCAAGGCUCAGCAAGCAAAAGUUACUGAAUCUAAAUCAAGCGAAGGAAGGAGAAGUUCCCUUGUUUACUUAGCAGCUACCCUUUUCACUGCUGCAGCUGCUGCUUCCAACUCUCCUGCCAAUGCUGGAAUCAUUGAAGAAUACCUUGAAAAGAGCAAGGCCAACAAGGAACUGAAUGACAAGAAAAGGUUAACUACAACUGGGGCCAAUUUUGCAAGAGCAUACACUGUGGAAUUUGGCACUUGCAAAUUCCCAGAAAACUUCACUGGUUGCCAAGAUCUUGCUAAGCAAAAGAAAGUGCCUUUUCUUUCUGAUGAUUUGGAUAUAGAAUGUGAAGGAAAGGACAAAUACAAAUGUGGUUCUAAUGUUUUCUGGAAAUGGUGA